AAACUUAAUAGUGACAUUAAUGACGUAUCAUUUUUGAAAGUAUUUUGCAACAGAAGGUAAAAAUACUUUUAAAUAGUGUUUAUAAUUAUCAAAAAUGGAUACUUACGAAAGCGUGUUAUUAGUUAAACCUGAAGUAUUUGUAUUUAACAUUCCACCUAGAGCAUCAAACAGAAAUUACAGAGCUGCUGAUUGGAAUUUGGCGGAACCAUCAUGGACAGGUCGGAUGAGAUUGAUUUCAAAAGGCAACGAAUUGUUUAUUAAAUUGGAAGAUAAAAAUUCUGGAGAACUAUUCGCAAAAUGUCCUAUUGACACUUAUCCAGGGAUUGCUAUAGAACCUGUUAGUGAUUCAUCCAGAUAUUUUGUUCUCCGUAUUAUGGAUGAUAAUGGCAGAACAGCAUUUAUUGGUAUAGGUUUUGGAGACAGAUCAGACUCUUUCGAUCUAAAUGUCGCUCUACAAGAUCAUUUCAAGUGGAUUAAAAAAGAAAAACAAAUUAAUGAAGAACCAGAACUUCCUGGAUUAGACUUGGGUUUCAAAGAAGGAGAAACAAUUAAGAUAAACAUGAAAAUAACAAAGAAAGAUGGAUCUGAAGGUAGUACAAGGUCAAGAAUACAAACUACUGGCGGAGGAUUGGGACUAUUACCACCACCACCAAGCGGCAAACUUCCGCCUCCAACAAGUACAUCACCUGCAGUAUCCCCUUCUCAUGCUCCUACAGCAAAUAAUGCUUCUGGAGAUUCUUGGAGUGAAUUCAAAUCUGCAGAAUCCGGUGUUCCUGCAGAUCAACAGGCAAGGAAUAGCAACUGGGUGCAGUUUUAAUUACCAAAAUGUAGGACAAGUGAAAAUUUGAAAACAGAUACUUACGUAUAGAACAGAACUUGUAUAAUCAUUAUCAGCUCUAAGUAGAAAACAUAUAUUCUCAUCAUGAAUGACAAUUAUUAUAGUGUUUUAAUAUGUUUAUGGCUUGUUUUACAGUUUCCUUUCUUAGUUUUUUUAUCUGGUAUCUUGUUUUGGAUCCUUUAUUACAAUUUUUUUUAAACAACUUACAUGUAAACUUUCUGUAGUCAUUUUUGAUGAGGAUCAUUAUGUACCUGCCUAAGGUGUGUAGUAAACAAGAUUUAUAUGCGAAAUUAUUGAUUUUUGUAAAGAUAUGUUGGUGUAAUCUAAAAAAUUUGAAUUGCUCAUGGCGGAUAUGAGGUUAACGAUGAUUUUUUUCCAUUUAAAACGUGCAAUGUUAGAAAAAUAAUUGUAUUUCUCUUAAUAGGUUCCGACUGAAAUCAGGGAUUUCAAUUGUUUACUUAAUUAUUAGUUCCUAACCCCUUUUUUUAGAACUUACUAAUUAUGCCACGAAAUACAUAUCAUCAUGGCAUCUAGUUUCACUAUUACUAAUUAGAAUUUUAAAUUUUAUUUCAAUUAUCAAUCCCUGGCAUAUUUUAAUAAAUUUAAGCACACUAUUAUUGGGUAAUCUGUUAUACUAUUUGAAGUAUUUUAUAUUGCUUUAUACGGGGUGUUCUCAAUGUUAAUGUAUUAACGUUAUUUUCUUAUUCCAAAUAUAUAUAUAUAUAUAUAUAUAUAUAUAUAUAUAUAUAUAAUAUUAAUAUCAAAAUACAGGAAAUUUUGUAGUAAAAGAAAUAAAUAAGCAUGUAAUGUGAGUAUACAUUCUACUAAAAUUAUUAACGAUUUGUUUUAUUCUCUCAAUCUCUCGAGGUAUUUAAUAAUCCUUUUUCAUUAUUAUUGUUAUUAUAAUAUUUAUGCACUGUUGAUACUUAUAUAUUUUGAUUAGUGUGAGAUUAAUAUACUAUCUAGAGUCCACAAAUGCCAAUUUAACCAAAUUUGAAAUUUUACUAUUUUUUGAUAACAGAUUUUUUGUGAAAUCAAUAUUUACGUGUAACAGAUUUCUUCUGAAUUAUCCACUUUCCUUUGAAAUUAUAGCUAUAUGAAAAAAAUGUAUAAACAGUAAAAAAACUUCUUCGAUAGUGUUUUUUCACAUAAUGGAUGUUGAAAUAUUGUUAAUUACAUUUCUCUUGAUGAUUUUUCCUUCUGUUUUGGUGGGAGGUUUGGUUAUACAACUGAAAAACUUCACAAGAAUAAGGAAGUUCUUUUUUCCUAUAAAAUAUUAGUCGAAGGAGUAAAAUGUAUCUUAUAUCUUCGUAGUAUUUUCAAUUUGUUUUUUCUUGUAUACUUAGUGUUUCUUAUACUAAACAUGCAGUAAAACGACAGAUCUGUGUGAGUAAUAGAUUUCUUCUAAAAAAUUAACAACUUUCUUUUAAAGUGUAACUACGUAAAAUAAAUUAUUACGAAAUGGGAUUAAACUACUACAUAACUUCUGAUUACAUUUUUCAAUCAAAAUUUUAUUUUGAUUACCAUCAAUUUUUAUGGUGUCAAAUAAAAACAUCAUAAAAAGUAUUUUAUCUUCUAUACAUUCUUCUGGUUCAUGGUUUAGUUAUUUAACAUUCACAAGAAUACCUAAUGGUGGUUCCUUAUUCCUAUAGAGUAAUAACUCUGAUCAAAAUGUAUCUUUCUAUUAACAUCUAUGACUUCCUGUUUAGUAACAACAGAAUUUCCAGUACUUUACAUGCAGUGUAAAAGUAGAUGUUUCGCUAUUUAUAAAUUUCUUCUGAAAAAUCUUUCACUUUUUAUUAAAAUGUUAUGUACAAAAUUAUAGUAAUACCUAAAGAUUUUUUUUAAGAAUAGUGGUAAUUUUUGUGGACUCUUCGAUACCUACGUCGCUAAAAAAAGUGUAAAAGAAUGUGUUCAUUCUUUUGUAAAUUUAGAUAAGGUACGUUUUGACGAUGUAAUUUUAUCAAAGAUUAAUUUGUAAGAAUACAUUCCAAUCUUAAGUUAUUUUCAUUGGAUAUAAUAUAUCGUAGAAUACGAAUAUAA